CUUUGAUAGAACGGAGAUGGUAAUUAGGCUGCUGGUAGUACAACUAGGCUCUUUCUUUGCAAGAUUCUCAGCAUCUACGGGGAGAAUGUCCCAAAGCCCCUUUUCUCCAAUUGCAAUUCCAGAGGGAUAUCCUUUUAGACGCUCUCCCGGCAUUAGCGGAAUAAGAGCAGUGGGACUUGAGCUAGUGAGAUAGAUUCACUUUCACUAUUUGAAUGCCCCUCUUCGAUUUCGAUGAGCAGAGGAUUUUCGGACAUUAGCUUUAGCAGACCAUUUGCGGCAUAUACUACUAUUUCCAUGAAGACUAUAACUGAAGACUUACUUUCUUAUUAAUAAACUUACACUAGGAAUAGCCCCGAGAACCCAUAGUUGCCCGCUACGCCCCUUCUGCUACUUUCUUUCUAGGUCCAAUAGGCUCUUUGUCGGUCUUGAUGCCGAGAACUGAGUUAAUCCUAAAUGCAGCCGUGAUCUUAUAUACGAUGAUACCACCAGACGCGCAUUCCUUGGGAUCAGAAGGAAGAGUUGUCAACGGGAACUGGCGAGACACUUCUGACGUUAAAGAAGGAAGUCUUCCCCGGGAGGUAACUAAACAAGUUAAUGGAAGUCUGUCUUCCCGAACUAAGCAAGUUAAUGAGUUCAGCAAGCACACAAGGUUUCUUGUAGACAUAAGUUUCAGUUGUUGUUCCCUAAUAAAUAGAUCUCUUUGGGAAUCAGCACAGAAAGAUGAGCUUAGUGAUUCCUUCGGGAAAGCACUUACAACAAAGCCAGAAUGUUUAGCUGUGAGAGAAACCCCUAGGAACUUUAGAAGAAAUCUGUGCUUAGUGAUUCCUUCUUUGAAUUGA